AUGAAGUUCUCUCUCGCUCUCCAGGCCGCUGCCCUGGCUACUUUUCAGGGCGCUGCUGCCGCUCCUGCAGCCAGCUCAUGCUAUUGCCUGCCUGGCGAUGCGUGCUGGCCCAAGGAGAGUGCUUGGUCUCGGUUCAACUCUACCGUCGGCGGCCGCCUCGUGGCUACUGUGCCCAUCGGCUCGCCGUGCCAUGAUCCCACCUACGACGCUGCUGCAUGUGCCCAGCUGCAGUCGCAGUGGACGAACCCCUUGACCCACUACGCUGUUGAUGUCGAAUGCUCGUCUGAUGUGGCGAGGGCUUUGAAGUUCGCCAAGGCCAACAACCUUCGUGUUGUCGUCCGCAACACCGGUCAUGACUUCCUUGGCCGAUCCACUGGUGCUGGUGCCCUUGCUAUCUGGACCAACCACCUCAAGUCGAUCGACUUUGUAGACUGGGAUGAUGAAUACUACACCGGUCCUGCUGUGUCCGUGGGCGCUGGUGUUCAGGGCUAUGAGAUCCUUGAGGCUGCCAACGCCAAGGGCCUCUCUGUCGUUACUGGCGAGUGUGCCACUGUCGGUCUCGCCGGCGGCUUCACCCAGGGUGGCGGCCACUCUGCCCUGAGCACACAGUUUGGCCUGGCAGCUGACCAGACCCUGUCCUUCCACGUCAUCACCGCCGACGGACGCACCGUGACGGCCUCGCCCAAGGUCAACCCUGACCUUUACUGGGCCCUCAGCGGAGGCGGCGGCGGCACCUUUGGCGUCGUCGUCGGCAUGACCGUUCGCGCCUAUCCAGCUGCCCCCGUCGGUGGUGCAUUGUUCCAGCUCCUCAAGCCCACGACGACGCCCGAGAAGUUCGCCGCCGCCGUCGAUGCUUUCCAGGAUGCGCUCCCCGGUAUGAUCGACCACGGCGCCAUGGUCGUCUACUACAUGAACAGCAUGAUGCUUGUUGUUAAGCCCCUGACACUGUGGAACUCGUCUGCCGAACACGUUCGCGACGUCGUCCUGAAGCCCUUCACUACGGCUCUAACCGAGAUCGGCAUCAACCUGCCCGUCGCGUACAGCACCCUGUCCUACCGCGACCACUACGACCGCUACAUGGGCCCGCUGCCCAAAGGCAGUCUCGAGGUGGCCCGCUACCAGUUCGGCGGCCGUCUCAUCCCCCGCUCCGCUUUCUCGGACGCCAACCGCCCGGCCCUCAAGGCCGUCAUUGGCAACCUGACCGCCAACGGCGUCCUCGCCGUCGGUUCCGCCGGCACCUACAAGAAGCCCGCCGGGGCCGCCGACAACUCCGUCUUCCCCGCCUGGCGCGACACACUCGUCCAGAUGCAGCUCAUCACCGAUUGGGACAGUAAGGCGCCCUGGGACAACAUGCUCGAGGCCCAGCGCCGCAUGACUGAGCAGUUCAUGCCCCAGAUCGAGGCCGUCACCCCCGGCAGCGGCUCGUACAUGAACGAGGCCGACUUCAGGCAGCCCAACUGGCAGAAGACCUUCUUUGGCGACAACUACGCCGAGCUACUGAAGAUCAAGAAUAAGUGGGACCCCGAGGGUAGGCUGUACGUGCUCAAGGGCGUUGGCAGUGAGAGGUGGUCCGUCGCUGCCGAUGGCCGUAUGUGCAGGGCGUGA